GAAACGGCCCGUGUGACCCGGAUAUUAAAUAAGGACCCGCCUCAAUUCUUCGUCCUGACGAAUCAGUGAUCGUAUUUACAUCUGAGUCCUGGCCAAUCAGCAGUUAGUAAAUAUUUCCGGCCGGAGAAGCAGCGGUAUUUUGUAGUGUACGACUUAAUAACGUAUGUUUAAGGCUUUUAACUUCAAUAAUGCCGUAUGCUAACCAGCCGACGGUGAAAAUCACAGAACUGACAGACGAAAAUGUCAAAUUUAUCAUUGAAAACACAGAUUUGGCGGUCGCAAACUCUAUCCGCCGUGUCUUCAUGUCCGAGGUCGCUACGAUAGCGAUUGACUGGAUCCAGAUUGAUGCUAAUUCAUCAGUACUGCAUGACGAGUUUAUCGCACACAGAGUGGGUCUGAUUCCUCUCACAAGCGAUGACAUCGUUGAGAAAAUGCAGUAUUCCAGGGACUGCACCUGUGAUGAUUUCUGUCCCGAGUGCUCUGUGGAGUUGACGAUGGACGUCCGAUGCACUGAAGACCAGACGCGGCAUGUCACCUCACGAGACCUUUUGUCCAAUAAUCCCAGAGUGAUCCCGGUGACUUCCAGGAGUCGAGACAAUGAUCCCAAUGACUAUGUGGAACAAGAUGACAUUAUACUGGUGAAGCUCCGUAAAGGUCAGGAGGUGCGGCUCAGGGCGUACGCAAAGAAAGGCUUCGGUAAGGAGCACGCCAAGUGGAACCCCACAGCGGGGGUGUCCUUCGAGUACGACCCCGACAACUCACUGAGGCACACAGUGUUCCCCCGGCCUGAGGAGUGGCCAAAGAGUGAAUACUCAGAGAUUGAGGAGGAUGAGGUGCAGGCUCCCUAUGACCCCAAUGGGAAGCCAGAGAGGUUCUUCUACAACGUGGAGUCGUGCGGCUCUCUGCGGCCGGAGACCAUCGUCAUGUCGGCGCUGGCUGUCCUGAAGAAGAAGCUGAGCGACCUGCAGACUCAGCUGAGCCACGAGAUCCAGAGCGACGUGCUCACCAUCAACUGAGGGCCCCUCCCUCACAGAGAAGACCUGCAUUCACACAGCUAUAUAUUAAACGGAGGACGGAUUCAGCGCUAUUCAGGUCACAUGUUCUUGGAUCUGUAUGUUAUCAAGGAAUAUGUGGACAUGUAUUCCUGAAAGCAGAGAUUGGAGCUUCUUCUGUCAAAGCAUCUGAUGCAUGGUCCGUGUCUGUCAGGGAGUUUGUGUCACAAUGAUACAAAUGUGAUUUUGUUGUUGGCAGUGUUACACUGUCCGAUUAUUAUUUUGAUAAAUGUUACUUUUGAAAUAAAUGUGUUUUAGGAAUAUGGUGUACUAAUUGUUGCUAAAAGUUUUUUAGUUUUUCACAAAUGUAAAUGUUCAAACACCUGGAUAAUCGGAAAACAAUCCUAUAAGCUUCUUAACAAGAGAAAAGCGAUAUGUUUAAUGUUAAACCGUUUGCAAAAGAAAAAAUUACAUUUAUUUUUUGGACAUUAAAUGUAUUUUCAAAUCUUA